UUCUCUAUUUGCUCGUAGCUUUUUAACUCUUUUUGACAAUAACUGCUCUAUCCAUGAUCCUUCUUCUUUCUCCCAAUUUGUAGCCUCAAAACGUUUUCCCAACCGUCUUUCAAUCAUUUCCACAAAAGCCCAUGUGAAAGUUGUCAAAUUUUUAUUCAUUUCAAACUCAAACGAAUAUAAAAAUGAGAGCUUUAAUCGAGAUUACCCAUCUGUUGCCUUUUUUAUUUAUUUAUUUUUUUGUUUAAAUAAUUUUUUAUUGGCUCAUAACAUUUGGUGCCACAGCAGAAAAGAUUUACAGUUUUUUUUUUUUUUUUUUUUUUUUUUUUUUUGGGGGGGGAAUAUUUGGUGCCAAAGCAAAGUUCCUGGUAUGGGUCUGAGGAAACUUGGUGUUUCGAGCUUGCUAUUGUUUUAUGGUUUUAUGCUGUUUAUUGUUUUAGGCAUGAGUUUUUUAGGUGCUUCCAGGGAAGAAUUGGAAUUGAUUUUUUGAGAUGUGUUUUUAUUCUAGUGAUUUUGGGGAGAUCUGGCUUGGUGAGCAUUAAAGAGAAAGAUGGAACCUCCACGGGGAUUUCUAGCUUCCUUGUGGAACUUUAUCUGCUUCCUGCCUUACUUCAUUGGGCUUUUUAUUCUGGGCAACAUUAAAGGUUUCAUUAUAGGCCCCAUCGUCGGCCUGAUCAUAUCAAUUGGAAACGCGGCUAUCAUAUUGGGUCUUUGGCCAGUACACAUUGUCUGGACCUAUCAUUGUGUUGUGAGAUCUAAACAACUGGGGCCAGUUCUGAAGAUUGUGCUCUGCAUAUGCGUGCUACCUGUUAUUUUGAUAUCAUGGCUUGUAGUUGGUAUUGCUGGAAGUAUUGUGGGUGGGGUGUUAUAUGGAUUUCUUUCACCAACAUUUGCUACUUUUGAAGCUGUUGGAGAAGGGAAGACAGAUCGAUUUUUCCACUGUUUUUAUGAUGGAACUUGGAGCACUCUAAAAGGUUGUGUCAACGUUGUCAGGGAUUUUAGAGAUGUUUGUUACCAUUCUUACUUCUCAUUUAUGGAUGAUCUACGACGCGAAUCUCCAAAUGGGAAAUACUUUGAAAUCAGAUUGCUUUAUCUUCCUGCUGCUGUUAUUGUGGGAGCUCUUGGCUUUGCUGUUGAUAUGCUAAUGAUCUCGAUUCUUGCUGGAUUUAAAAGCAUUUACAUGCUCUUUAAGGGGUGGCAACGUUUGUUUCAUGACCUAAUUGGUCGGGAAGGCCCUUUCUUGGAAACUAUAUGCGUGCCAUUUGCAGGUCUUGCUAUCCUUCUGUGGCCAUUGGCUGUUUUUGGUGCGGUACUGGCCUCUUUUAUGUGCAGUAUCUUUAUUGGUGCUUUUGCUGGGGUGGUUGUUUAUCAGGAGUCCUCUGUAUGGUUUGGGCUUUGCUAUAUUGUUGCAUCCUUGUCCAUAUAUGAUGAAUACAGUAAUGAUAUUCUUGACAUGCCAGAAGGAUCCUGCUUUCCAAGACCUAACUACCGAAAGAAGGGUGUACUAUCGCGGACCACUUCCCGUGCAUCUUCUUUCUCAAGGCCCAGCUCUUUCAGAAAUCCUCCGUCCCGCACGGUUUCAAUAAAUAAUCCUUUAAGGGAGUUUAAGCCACUUGAGUUAAUCGAUAGCUUAUUUAAAGAAUGUCAACAUCACGGAGAAAGGCUGGUUUCUGAAGGACUGAUAACAUAUCAAGACCUUGAAGAUGCUAAGUUGAAUAGUGGGAACACAGUGAUAAGCAUUGGCUUACCAGCUUAUUGCCUUCUUCAGGCAUUACUGCGCUCCGCAAAAGCCAAUUCUGGGGGUAUAUUGUUAGGCGACAAUGUUACUGAGAUAACAAGCACAAACAGACCAAAAGACACAUUUUUUGAUUGGUUUUUCAACCCCCUAUUGAUUAUCAAGGAUCAGAUCGCAGCAGAAAACCUUUCUGAACAAGAAGAAGACUACCUUUGCAAAUUAGUUCUGCUGAGUGGUGAUCCUUUGAGGUUGAAAAAUUCAAAUAUUGGUCCACCACCUGAAUCAGAGCUCAAGCGAGCUGAACUUGAUGGAUUAGCUCGAAGGCUCCGGGGGAUUACCAAAUCCAUCUCAAGGUAUCCAACUUUCAAGCGCCGAUUUGAGAAUCUUAUCAAAAACAUAUCUGAAGAUCUUGUCAGUAAGAAUUAUAUCAGUGAAGUAAACAAUAGGCCUCCAUCAAUUCCACGAUCAAAGAGUGCCUUUGCGAGGAUCCUUAGCAACAAUACCUUUAUGAGUAGAACCAUCAAUAACGGUUCUGAUAAGGCAUCACAUGUAGUUUUUAAAGACCUGGAAAUCCAAUGAUGAGAAAUGUAAAUUUUACAAUCUGUCCAUUUUCCAAUUUUUUGAGCUUAGUUGAUUAUUUUUUUCUUAGUUAGUGCCUUGUUCACGAUAACUUAUUCGAAUGUAUAAUUUAGAAAACGAAAUUAUUUGUU